AUGGGCUCCAAGAAUAUUGACAAACAGCCUCUCCUCGCUAAGCAGCCUUCCGCGGCCAUUUCAGCAAGCCGUUCCAAGGCUCCGAGCACAACCAAUCAUCUGAAGAGCUUCAAGCUUGGAAGCGAGCAUGACAGCGCUCUCCAGGAUACUUCUGAGGACCCAGAGAUCAACAAUACCGUGGAGGAUGACAACUUAGCUGACAUGAGCUACGAAGAGCUCGAAAGUCUAGAGCACCGAAUUUUCAAGAGAAUGUACGCGGAUCGCAACAACAGGAUCAUAGAGAUUUUCUUCUCUCGCUGGGGCAACAAAAUUCAGGGCAAUAGGUCCAAGAAAGCUCGCCGGCAGGCUAAGCAUCUCCGUGCGUCGCGGGAGGAGAAGAUGAAGAUGGUCCCACAGGAAUUGCAAAGUCCACUGUUUCAGGAAGAGAUGUGA